AGAUAUUGAUGAGUGUCGAUUGGAAGAAACUUUGUGCAAGGACGUAUCAUAUUGUAGAAAUAAAAUUGGGACUUACAUAUGCAGCUGUGUAGUAAAAUAUCCUAUAAUUAACUGGGUAGCUGCCAUUUUUGAUAUUGAUCAUCCUGAUUGUUAUGUGAACAAGAGCAAUGAAAUUGGAUCGAAAUCAUGUACUUCGGGACUACUGAGUGACUGUGACUCUAAAGAGGAUGUUGCAAAAGGGGCUACCGUAUAUCUUCAAAACACAGAACGUUACAUCUUAAAUGAAAACUCAGAUAUACCAAAAAAGAGUUCUACACGGGAUAUAGUGUAUGAAACUAAUAAAUGCAAGAAGACAACUAUUUUGGAAGCUGGCAACAACACAAUGAAGAUUAAUUGCACUAGUGUCCUCAAAGAAAACAAGAAUAGAGAUGAAACUACAGUGGCUUUUAUUGCAUAUAAGUCUCUUGGGAAUCUUCUAAAUGGAUCAUUUUUUAGAAAUAAAGAAGGGUUUCAGGAAGUAAAAUUGAACUCUCAUAUUGUUAGUGGAGCCAUUCGCUCAGAAUUCAAACCUGUGCUAUCUGAACCUGUAAUCCUGACUUUACAAAAUACUCAGCCCAUUGACUCAAGAGCAGAACAUCUCUGUGUCUAUUGGGAAGGAUCAGAGGAAGGGGGUAGCUGGUCUACUAAGGGCUGCUCUCACGUGUACACCAAUAAAUCCUACACAAUUUGCAAGUGUUUCCACCUGUCCAGCUUUGCUGUGCUUGUUGGUCUAUCCAAUGAGGAGAACGCUGUGCUUUCUGCACUCUCUGUGAUCACCUAUGUGGGACUCAGUCUUUCUCUCUUGUGCCUAUUUCUGGCGGCCAUCACUUUUCUCCUGUGCCGGCCCAUUCAGAAUACCAGCACGACACUCCACCUACAGCUCUCCAUCUGCCUUUUCCUGGCUGACCUCCUCUUCCUCAUAGGCAUCAACAGAACUAAGCCUAAGGUGCUGUGCUCAAUCAUAGCAGGAAUGUUGCACUAUCUCUACUUGGCUUCCUUCAUGUGGAUGUUUCUGGAAGGGCUACACCUUUUUCUUACUGUGAGAAAUCUCAAAGUGGCCAACUACAGCCACUCAGGCAGAUUCAAGAAGAGACUCAUGUAUCCUAUAGGAUAUGGGUUUCCUGCCCUUAUUGUUGCUGUGUCUGCAAUAGCUGGCCACAAGAAUUAUGGAACAUACAACCACUGCUGGCUCAGCCUUCAUAGAGGAUUCAUCUGGAGCUUCUUGGGGCCAGUGGCAGCCAUUAUCUUGAUAAACCUGGUGUUCUACUUUCAAGUUCUAUGGAUUUUAAGAAGCAAACUUUCUUCUCUCAAUAAAGAAGUUUCUACACUUCAAGACACAAAGAUUAUGACAUUUAAAGCCAUCGUUCAGCUAUUUGUAUUAGGAUGUUCUUGGGGCAUUGGCUUAUUUAUUUUCUUUGAAGUUGGGAAGACAGUGAGAUUGAUCUUUGCCUAUCUGUUCACCAUCAUCAAUGUCCUGCAGGGUGUUUUGAUAUUUCUGGUACAUUGUCUGCUUAAUCGCCAGGUGCGAAUGGAGUAUAAGAAGUGGUUUCAUAGGCUGCAGAGAGAAACUGAAAGUGAAAGUACGGAAUUGUCUCAUUCUACUACUCACACCAAAAUGGUUUCUUCUCUGAAAACGGAAGAUUUCUGCCAAACAGGAAAUCUACAUGACUCCAACCCUCAGAAUACUAGAGCUGUAGGUUUAUAUUCAAUGCCAACUAAAUUUGACCUUGGUGCUGAGGAUCUGAACUCGGGUACUCAUGCUUACUGGAACAGAGUUGUUAGUGACUGAAUCAACUCCUUCUCCAAGCCUCUUAUAGUGAUUUUUUUCACUAAUACUCUGUCAUGCACAUAAAACCAUGUUGCUAGUGUGGUUAAAAAAAAAAAGAACUUUGGUUAUUGGUUGCACAUUCGAUGAUCAUUUCAUUUUAUCUCUUCUUGAAAAAUUUAGAUUUCUUUCCCUACAUAUCAUUUUAUA